AUGGCGUCCGGCAAGGUGCACACGCACAAGGCGUUCCUCCUCUGCAACUACGCGCUGCUGGGCGCGGCCUCCAGCUGCAUCUUCCUCACGCUCUCCCUCCGCCUCGUCCCAUCGCCCUGCGGCCUGCUCCUCGUCUUCCUCCACGCGCUCACCGCCGUCUUCUCCGCCGCGGGGUGCUCGGGCUCCUUCACGGCCGGCCCGGCCAACCCGGCGCCCUGGCACACCGCGCACACGGCCGGCGCCGCGCUCACCGCCAUCUUCCAGGGCGCCGUCGCGCUCCUGGCAUUCACCCGCACCGCCGACUUCCUCGCCGAGCUCCAGUCCUACGUCCGCGACGACGACGGCGCCGUCAUCCUCAAGAUGGUCGGCGGGCUCGGCACCGCCAUCUUCGUCCUCGAGUGGGCCGCCCUCGCGCUCGCCUUCUCCCUGCGCCUCGACGAGGACGACGACGGUGACGAUGACCUCCGCCGCGCCAAGAACUGGGCCGACGCCUACCAUGUCUGA